AAUGGGAGCUCGGACACUGCACUGUUGUCGCGGGAAAAAUGGCGGAAAUGUGAGCGGUCGCUGCACUGCAAACAACGAGUAAAACAUUACGUUGUAACCUUAUAUGGAUUUCGGUUUCAGUAAUGUGUGUAUUUACCCCAGACAGCUUUUAAGGUGACGGCGGAGAAUGCAAGAUGCAAAACGAUUCUGCACACCAUGCUUUUGGCAACAUGACCCCAAGCCAAGCUGCUCCUCAAGACACCGCUACAUCCUUUAACUGCAAUCACUGUGUUCUUAUCUUCAGAACUAGGGUCUACCUGUAUGAACAUCUCCAUCAGGUGCAUGGCCUUUCUAUUGAGUCAGCACUCAGAGACUCUGGCCUCAAAUCUGUGCCACAAAGCAAAUCUAAGCCAGAUACUAGCCUUAAAGUAGGUAAAACCAAGUUGGACAUUAGUCUAAAACUAGGAAAAAAUAAAUUAGACAAAAGUAAACUAAAAAAGACAAAUUUUGCUUUCAAUUGCAAGAACUGCAAUUUUAAAAGUGCUAAUUGGGCCAUUUAUCAUGAACAUAAACAGCAAUGCACAGGUUUUCCCAACAAUGAAAAUCAAACUGGAAAAACAAGCUUUUUGAUUCAUAAGGACGAGGCUUCUCCAGGUACAGCUAAUCAUGAAAAAGCAAAGCACAAAAGCACCCCAAAUGAUGUCAAAAUGUAUUCAAAGUCUCCACAAACCAUUACCAAAUACUUUACGACAUCAACCACACUGAAGUCAGAUUGUGAAACUAAUAAAACGGACAGAAAAACUUUGCGUUUGGAAGAAUCUUCUUUGAACUCAUCAGGGGUGUUCCAAGUGACAGCAACAUCAAUAGAUUUGGCUUCUAAGAACGUUAGAUCACUCAUCAGUGAUUUGGAUAUGAUAUCUGACCCAACUUCAGCAAAGCCUGUGGAUCCUUUCAAAGAAGUGCUACCGAAGAACAGUGGUAAGAGACUAGCUAACGAAACUGCUGAAUCUAGUCCUUCAAAAAAGACUAAAUUAGAAAUUGAAACACCAUUUGUAAAACUAAACACAUCAAGUGGCAAACUUUCAUUAGAGUUCAGUGAUGAUGAAGAGAAGCUGGAUCUUGAUGGCAAAGAGCUCAUAAAAAAUUAUUUCUGUAAGCACUGUCAAUAUAAUACCACAGACCUGAUGCAUCUUGUCAGUCAUUAUCAAGACAACCAUCCGUACAUAAAAUGCAACUCUGCUUAUAUUGAAGAGAAGAGUGACCAGACCGCUAUCUUUCGGUGUCUUGAGUGUCCAGUUGAAUUUGCUGUUGAAGCUCAUUUACAUGAUCACUACAGCAAGGAUCAUCCAGAUUCCCCUGGAAUCCUCAGUCUGAAAUUGGCUGAUUUGGUUCAUAAGUGUUUUGUGUGCCCAUUUACUGCAAAAAUACUGCAAAGUUUAAAAGAACACUACAAGGAAAAACAUCCAUCUCAAAAAGUGGAAAAUCCAUUAUGGUACAGCAAAUAUUCCUCUGCACAACAAGAUGGUUCUUUGAACUAUAGAAUUUCAGAAGAAGACAAGAGCCCAGAAAUGCCUGAAACUGAAAGGACCACCACAGCCGACGAGAGCAUGGCAUAUGCCCCCAAAUCAUAUGAUGGGACCUUGUAUUACUGUGGAAAGUGUGCCUUCAGUCACAAGUCUGUUGUUGUCCUGCAUGUCCACUACAAAAAAAGCCACCCAGAAGAACCAAUCACAUUAGAUAAAAUUAAGCAGUUAGUUAUAGCUCCAACUGUUGGAGUAUCAGAGGAGAAGCCUGGCACAGAGCAGAAUAUUUCCCGCUCCUUUGCACUGGAAGAAAGUUGGGCAUCCCCAGUUUCCGAUUCAGAAGACGAGAACAUUUCAGCUGAUCAUAAUUUGCAAGCAGCACCGCAUACAAUUGUGUUGGACAGUGCCACAUCAUCUUCACCAAUUGAGAAGAUGUUCUUCUGCAAGCGUUGCAACUUUUCCAAAUCAAAUAUAAAAAGUGUACUUUCUCACCAUAAUGCAAAACAUGGAAAAACUACAACAAUUGAGGAGGUCCUGCGUUACUCUGCGGAGAUAGCACACAAAAAUGUGAUACCUGUGCAUAAUUCAGAGGCUAAUGCAAAUGUAUGUCCACGGCAGUUGUAUUAUUGCCAAGAAUGCAACUAUGGGAAUCCUACUAUAAUAGGUAUUUUGAACCAUCAGAACAAGCUUCAUGCAAUGAGUAAAGGAAAAUCUGCGAUUCUUACGUACACAGCCAUGAUUCAUGAUCAAAUUGAAAAAUCCGAAACUCACCCAAAUGACUCAUUUCUUCCUUCAGGUCUGCCUCUUCCUCUGAUUAAAGAUGGCACUGGAUUGCUUUUCUGCCAUUUGUGCAAUUACAGGAAUAGUGAAUUAAGUGUGGUUACUGCACACUAUGUUAAGUCACAUAAAGGCAUUCAGAUUACAACACAGGAAAUUGCAGAACAUACUGCCAUGGUUUAUGAAAGGUUAAAUAUAAGUCCUCAGAUUAAAUCAACAGUACAAAAUCAGAAAGUCACUCUAACAAAAACAUCUGUUAUUGAGCCCGAGACAAAAGCAAAACUUAAGUGCAUAAAAUGUUCAUAUAGUACAAAUCAUUUAUAUCGUAUGCGAAAACAUCUUCGAUCAGCACACAAAAAUAACGUCUCUUUUUCAGACAUUGUAGGGCUUUGUGGCACAGAGGCCAUAUUUCAGCCUGGAUACUACUGUGAUAUUUGUUCCUUUUGCCAUGAAGAUUUGAAAAUGGUUAAAUGCCAUGGUGUAAACAGACAUGGACGACAUUUAAGCGAUAAAUUUAUAAACUCUUGCAUGUAUUUAAGCCCUGAUGUAUGUGAUCCCCAAAAGAGGGACAGUGCUUUUAACAAUGACACCACAAAAGCAAAGGAAGAUUCAAGCAAAAAGCAAGACUGCAAUAACAAGCAUGAUAAUGAUGAUGAUAAUGGUGAUGAAGAGGCAGCAUUUGAUUCAUACCAAGUGCCUCUUGAUUUUGACAAUUUAAACGUUUCAGCUGAAGAUGGUAAACAUUAUAAUUGCUUGUAUUGUUCUGCAACAUUUGAAGGACAUGGUGGUCUUCUAAUUCACAUGGGAAUGAAACACCGCAGUGAGAUUACUAACGAAAUGCCACAACUUGAAAUGACCGAGCGCACCCAAGUUUUUAAAUGCCACAGCUGUAACUAUGUGAACAACAUUAAACAGGGUGUUGUUACACAUUGUCUUAUGAAGCAUCCCAACAAAGCAUUGAAGAUCAAUAGUAUCUACGUUACACGUGAACACCUCAAAAAUGUGGAAAUGAAAGUUAAAAUGGGCACAUGGAAAUUUUGUGGGUUCAUAUGCAAAGAUUGUUCACAGAUUUUUCCAUCAAAGGAGAAGUUGAAGUCGCACCAUACCACUCACAAGAAUCCACCUGUACAAAAUACAGAUAAUCAACUCCAACAUGAACAGGUUUGGUGCCAACAUUGUGGUUUUUACUGUGCCUCAGAAAAGGAGCACACUGACCAUUUGCGUGUUUGCCCAAAGAACUAUAGUAUAUUCUCCUGUGCUCUUUGUCCAGAUGCUUUUAUUACAAGAGUCCGCCUUGGAAUUCAUUAUACAAAGAAACAUGGAAAAGAGGCUUCUUUGAAAUACUACACGCCUCUACAUAAUCAGCAAUCCAAGGUGGCAAGAGCAACAAGUGCUCAACCUGUUUCUAGAGAAAGUAAAAUGAUUUUGAUGUAUAAGUGUCCAAGCUGCAGGUAUGUCAACUCCAGUUGUCAUGGAACUCUGACCCACUGCCAAAUGCUACACCCAAAGAUUGUAGUCAGGGCAGGCAAGCUUAAAACGCUUGAAUUGGAUUUAGCAAAUAUGAUUGGAUGCGUAACUGAAAAGCAAACUACUUUUGGGGGGUAUCGGUGCAGAAAAUGCCCCUUGGUUUACGGUGGACUGAAGAAACUUAAAAGACAUUGUGAAAUGGACCAUAAGCCAAGUGCACGAGCCACCUCACAGGAACCAGCUGUGCAUGACAAUGCACUGUCAUCAGUGUCUGAGUCUGCCACUUCAGACCAAAAGAAACUGGUAAGCAAAUUUUGCCAUUUCUUCAAGUGCUCUUUGUGUUCAUAUUCAACCUCAAUCCUAAAGCAACUUGGAAACCAUUAUAUGCAAAGACAUGGGAAAUCCUCUUAUAUGAAAUAUUAUUCUCCACUUUUCCACCAAGGAAAUAAGCCAAAAAUAUCUCUCAAACAUGAAGAAAUUGGCCAAACAAAAAACCCACUGGAACAAACAGAAAAGACCACAGUCCCACAACAAGUUUACAAGUGCAGUUCUUGUUCUUAUGGCAGUGCCUAUCGGAGAUACUUGAUUGCUCACUUAAAGAACAGACACAAGUAUGAUUCAAAAGCUGUGUACAAACAUAUGGAGAAAUACAAGGAUUAUAAAUCAACACUACCCAGUGGACAGUUUACCUGCAAAAAGUGCCACAAUGUUGGUUUUGAGUCAAAAUUCAGACUUCUGGUCCACUACCGAACAUUUCACAUUUCUGAGAUGCAAAUAGACUUUACAAUUAUAGCAAAAAGAAGAGAUAGGUCAACGGGAGUUUACAAGUGUAAUUACUGCAAAAAGAAACUGUUUGGGAUUAAAAAUCUUUGGAAACACUUGGAUCAACACAGAGCAAGGUGGCUGAGGAAGCAAAAAGAAUUGGAAGUUAAAGUUACUGAGGAAGAUACAGUCCCCAGUUUGAACCCAGUUGAAGAGGAGACUGGGUUAAAUGUGAUGGAUGAAGAGGCAGUCAUCAGUCAUUCAGCAUCAGCCUCCUCUCAUUCGGGCUUUGAAGUGCCAGAGGUCUCAGAGGAGCAGUACAUUGAAGGUAUUCACAACUGCCUACGCUGUAAGAGGUCAUUCAAGUCCCUCAAAGGACUGCGAUCACAUGAACGGAGCCAUGCAGCUUUAGCAGCACUGGACAUCGCAACUACCUCAGACUCCCAGGAGCGCAUUAAUCAAUACAUAACCUACCGAACUGGGACUACAAGACCAUUUAUGUGUGCACUCUGUACUUAUCGAACACCGGUGUUGAGCCUGUUGAAAAACCAUAUAAUAAAAAAACAUCCACAUGUUUUGAACUCUGCUGAAGUGGAUAAACAUUUGGACAAGGCUGCACAAAGAGAUAAUGACGCUCCACAAAAUGGUGUGGAUGACAUGAAUGCUGAUGAUGAUGAACCUGAAAACUCUUACCUGGAGCCCCCAGAUGUACAGCGCCAGUUAAAACACUACAAUAUUAUGGCUCAGGUAGAUCCAGCAUCAAAGACACAAAAUAUCCAGCUGAGUGACCCGAGGAUGCUUCCAUGUGAAAUGUGCAAUUUUAACUGUCAGCACUAUUCCAACAUGAGACGCCACUACUUGAGGCGUCAUGGCAAAAAGCUUAUCCGAUGCAAGGACUGCAACUUUUUCAGCUGUUUUAAACAAAACCUGGAUCUACAUGAGCAAAUGGGACAUUCUACUUUCCAGUCCAAGCCCACACACCUUAAGAACCUCUGCUGCCCUUUUUGUCUUUAUCAAUCAAAAAACAAGAACAACAUGAUUGAUCACAUUGUCCUGCAUCGUGAGGAACGAGUUAUGCCAAUUGAAGUGCGCCGGUCAAAACUGUCACGUUACCUUCAAGGGAUUGUCUUCCGAUGUUACAAGUGCACUUUUACCAGUGGAAGUGCUGACAGUCUGCAUUUACACAUGGCCAAACACAACGAUCUCAAACCAUUCAAGUGUCGACUGUGUUACUUUGACUGUACACAGCUGAGGGAACUGGAGGCACAUCUGUGUGAUAAGCAUCAGGUUCUACGAAACCAUCAGCUAGUGGGCCAAGUUUGUCUCGAUCAGCUAGAAUCCAUAGAAGACAGAAUUCCUCAAAAUGACGGUGAUGAAAUGCUGUAUGACCCUGAAAAUAAUGAGACAAUUAUGAAGAACAAGAAUGAGCAGUCAAAUGAGAAUCAAGAAGAUGCAGAAGAAAAUCUCAGUAACUCAGAUAGCCCCAAAAUGCAGAGUGCUUCAGAAGCUGCUGAAGAUGCAUCAGAGAGCUCUCCUAUGUGUGUGGAGGAAGAUCUGUCUCAAGACAACCCUCAAAGCAUUGAUGCAAACAUGGAGCAUGAAAAGCAAAACAAUACAACAGAAAAUGAUUCAAAGAUGCUCAGUGUGGCCGCUCUUGAUUCAAAACAGGACUGUAAAAAAACAACAGACAUACACAAUACUGUACCUGAAAAGAUGUCUACCUCUGUGGCUCCUAAAAUAAGCCAAGAGGUUCAAGAAAACCAACAUAAAACUAAAAGUGCUGAGGAGUGUCCUUAUGGAGACAUGCCAAUAUUAGAGAAAUAUUUCAAGGAGCAACGUCUUGUUUUUGCACAAUCCUCUGAGAAUUUUCCAUGUUCAAUGAUGAGGGACGGAUGUGACAAGGAAAGCUCUGAAGUGUAUGACAUGGAAAAUGGUUUACAGGAAGCCCACAACUCUCCUCCUGUAUUGCAGGCCACGGACAGAGUUGCAGUGAAUGUGUUCCCUUGUGACUAUUGUGGAAGAAGUCUCUCAAACACUUCAGAACUUGAACGCCACAUGAUGAGACACGGAAUGUAACAGUAUUUUGAGGCAAUAGAUUGAUCAUUUGUAAAUAUUUGUAUGUUGUCAUUAUUGCAAGCCUGAUGUAUGGGUACUUUUCUUUCUAGAUUUCUCUUUUUUUACUUAAACAUGCAUUUUAUAGAGGUAUUGAAGUUUUAAUUCUUUUUUCUAUAAAUCACGUUUUAGAAAUAAAGCUAAUAUUGCAAAUACAGAAUGUUUUGAGUUCAACUUCUAUAACCAAGCCAACCUCAAAAAUCAUAUUGCCUUAAUAUUUUUUGGUAAUAUGUUUUAUUUUUUUGUGAAUCUAUUUGGGAACUUUUAGUGAUGACACAUUGAAUUUUAUGUUUAUAUAGCCUACCUACUGUAAUAUCCAUAUUUGAAUAAAAUGUAAAUCUUCAUGUGA